AAAUUAGGAAUGGAACCGUUUGCAAUUCUUACAAAUAUUAUUAAACCUGAAUACUUAAACUACUAUAAAGAUUGGAUCUAUAUAGCAAGUGAAAAAGAAGCCAGAGGACUUUAAUUGAUUGGUGCAAUUUAUAAACAUAAAGGAAGAAAACUAUUUAGGUUAAAUCUAUAUUAAUAUAAUAGAGCUAAACCUCCUACAGUCUAAUUAUAAGAAUUAACUGAUCAAUAAGAAUUAGAGUAAUAAUUUUGAAUUAUUUUUUUAUAGCUUUAAGAAGGCUGAAGAAAUGCAUAGAAAAAAUUAAACUUCAACAACAUAUGGUACAGAAUUUGGAUAUUUACAAAAAUUAUUAAAGCCUUAAAACAAUGUUUUCAAAUUCAAGAAAUGUUCUGAACUUGAAUUUGCUUAACCUCUUAAUGAUUUGGCAAAAUUAUUUUUAGAUAAUUGGAUUGAGAUGAAUGAUGAGUUAGAAUUUUAAGAAUUAGUAUUGAAUUGUUUAAGAGCUUUGUUUAGCAGAUUUAAAGCAUAAUUAGUGCCAAAAACUGAAAUGAAGUUAUUUUAUUAUUAUUAUGAUUUUAGAGUAAAAUAUGAAUACAAACCAGAUUGGAAACUUUCAAAUCCUAUUAGAGUAGAUAAAGCAGGAACAGAUAUCAAGUAAUAUAAUUUAUUAUUAGAUAGUGCUUACAAAACUAAUUAUAAUGCAAUUUUUAAAUAGAGGCUUAAAUAAGAAUAGAUUAAAUAGAAAAUUGCAGAAUUAGAUGGAACCGAUUUUGCCAAGGCUCUAACAAUCCAUAAAUCAUUCAAAAUAAAUUGAUUUAAAAUAUUAAUAAAGAUAUGAGAG